CACAGGACGUUGGUGUGAGGAUGGGGGAUUCACAUGGAUCAGAGCAGGAGGUGAACACACAGGAAACUCCCUCAGUGAUUGGUGGAAAGCCGUCCCAGAUCAGACCUGAUCUCAGCGCACUGUUAGGAGAGAAGAUCGAAGUCAUCAAGGUAUUUCUUGAAUCAGGCAGACGGGACCAGGAGCAAACAAGUGUCACGAUGCUGACUGACGAGGUUUCACAAAUACAGGAGGUGAGGUACUGCCUGAAGUCUCUGAGGGAGCAGAUGGCAGCUCGACAUCACAACAACAAGAGUCCAGUUAAUGGGAUCCGAGUUAGUGUCCUCCGCAGCACGUCCCCCGUCCCCAGCUUCAGUGUGGACGGGCCUGUCCAGGAGACUCAGGACCAGGAGUGUGUGAGGCUGAGAGAGAUGACCAAACGUCUGUGUGUUCAACUGCAGGAGGCAGAAAAAAGGCACCAGGAGGAGAGCGAGGCACUGCAGGCGGAGAACAGAGAGUGCCUGCGGCGUCUGGAGGAGCAAAACCAGCGUCUGAGGCAGGCCCAGGUCGAGGCGGAGGGGCGGGGCCAACGCGUGGAGGAGCUGCAGAGGCUGCUGGGAGAUCUGAAGCUGGAGAACGCCAGCCUGUGUGAGAGAAUGUCUGCAGGAGAGGCCGAGCUGCAGGAGCUCCGAGCGCUGAAGGACGGGAGAGACGAGAAAAGGUGGGAGGAGUGUGUGUGUGUGUGUGUGUGUGUGUGUGUGUGUGUGUGUGUGUGUGUGUGUAUUAGAGAACUCCGUGAGUCUCAGAACAUUCUCCUUACAGACACCUUUUUCCCCGUACACACAGGUGUUUAUCCUGUAGCACUUCAUCAAAUGAUUUGUUUCUGCUGCAGAUGUGAACAGCUGGAGAAACAGCAGGCCGUCCUGAAGGAGAAAAUCCAUCACCUGGACGACAUGCUGAAGAGCCAGCAGAGGAAAGUGAGGAACAUGAUCGAGCAGCUCCAAAACUCUCGGACGAUGAUGGAGGAGAGAGAGCGUCUGAUUGGCGAUCUGCAAGAAAAAGUGUCUUUCCUGGAGGCAGAGAACAGAGAGAUGCGCGAUCAGAUAGAGGUCUGUCUGGGGGAUCAGACGCCCGGCUCUUUUCAGUUAGAGAAAGAUGCGCAGAUUGUUUACAGCAAACGUUUAACACCAACCAGUCCCGGAAACAAGACUCUGCCCUUCAUCAAAGUGAUCGAGAUCAAGACCUGAGCAGAUCCGGACUGUAACAUGAGAGGCGUGUGUGUGAGAGGCGUGUGUGUACAGUACACAUGGACCUGCUUAUACUGUUCAUAUGUUUUACAGAAUGCGGCCGUGCAGAGAGAAAUACAGGACACAACUCGAGAAAAAGACGAGCUUUUAACAGCUCAACUUGUUUAGUCAAAUAAAUGUAAUUAAUAGUAAUAAAAAAAAUUGUUGA